CAUUGGUAGUGCAUCCUGGACUUCAUCACGUUUUUUUCUCUCUCUGUCUCUGCACAAAUGAAAACUUGAACAGCUCCAUCAUGCUACUGAGAGCGGGGCUGUUCCUCACCCUGUUUCUGUUUACACUCCAAGCCAGUCGAAUCAGAGACCUAGAAGGCCCAGAUUUCUCAGACAUCAGGGAUGUCAAGUACAGGCACUUCUUGGAGGCAUCCGGACAAAUUAAGCACACUACCAACGUCAAGACGAUAGAGGACCUGACCAGGCAUCGGACAAAAAGGUCAACCUUCUUCACCACUGGGGUCAAAGUCUGUCCUCAGGAGAGUAUGAAAGAGGUCAUCACCAGCCAUCGAGCUUACUACAAACUCAGAAUUUGUCAGGAGGCAGUGUGGGAGGCGUUCCGUGUCUUUCUGGACAGGCUACCCAGCUCGGAGGAGUACAAACACUGGGUCCACGCCUGCCAUCACGGCUCUCUCUGUCUGGACGACCUGGCGCGCAACUUCAGCAGCACCCAGGAACACCUAGACAUGGUGGCCAGAAGAGUGCAGGCAGCCACACAGGAGCAAGCUGAACGUGAGAGUGACGAAACAGCUGAGCCAGGAAGGCCUGAAGGAGAGAAAUGCUCAAGGACAUCUUCCCUGCUGAAGAUUCCAAUUGAAUUUGCAGAGUCAUCGGACAGUCCCAACGUGGGUUCUGAAGAGCUUCUGGAACAGGUGGUGGAGUUCAGCGUCACCAUUGUGGACCCUGGUUACAGUGAGCUGCUGAAUGGCCCAGAAACCCCACAGUACCAUGACAUCACACAAGAACUGCAGGAUAAGAUGCUUCAUGUUUUUGACAAACUGCCAGGAUUUAAAGAGAUCCGAGUGCUAGGAUUUCGAUCCGAGGAUCUGUCUGUCCGCUAUGCCGUGGUGUUUGAUGGGGACUCGGACAAUGGCGAUGACGCCAUGGGUGUUCUUGAACCAGGCACAGGGACAGAUGGAUCUUUACUGAAGGACAUGGUUGCCAAGGCUUUGAGUGAAGAGACAUCACUGCUUGCGGACAUCCACUCGCUACGUUUUGAGCUAGAUGUCACCAUUUCUCCAGUGGAAGUCUUAGAUGUGACACCCUUAGAGACCCUUGUCUCAGAAGGUUUUGGAUUGACAGCGGAGACGGAGCCUUCCCUGGAGGAGGGUGUGAGGCCAGCUGGGGGUUUCUUCCCCACGGUGGCAGCGGUGGAGGACAACUCUCUGGAGGCUUUCACGGUCAGACCACAUACCUACGCCUACCUGCCUUUCUUUCCCGAGGAGCCCAUGGAGGAGGUUACUGCCUCACCUGCUGUGGAGGCACUCCCAGCUCCCCCCAUACAGGAACUCACUGAGAAUGGAGUCCUGGAGGAGGAGCCUUCAUCCAUGGAGGCAUCUGAGGAGGUGGCUUCUCCUCUGGAAGUCAUUGUGGUCAUGCCACCUGUCACCACGCUGGCGGCCCUUACAGAGCAGCCCUCCACUGAACUAAUCACAGUGUCUGUGGAGGAGGAGACUGCAUCCCUUGUGACACCUGAGACUGAGGAAGGACCACUAAAUGGCCCUGAGGUGGCUUCAGAGGACAACAUGGAGGAGCUACAAGAGGACGAAGAUCACAAAGAUCAAGUUGUUCCAACAACGGCAUCCAUAGAAGAAGAACCUGAAGAGGUUGAUUUACCAGAAAUCCCUGCACCAGUGGAGGAAGACCCAACCCAACCAGAAUGGGUCCUGCCCCUAGUCACAGAGCUCCUGUCAGCUGGCCCAAUCCCGCCACCUGAAGAUUACCUCACACAGGCCGCGGAAGAGAAAGAACCAAUGGAUUCCAUGGAGGGGACAGAUGAUGCCCUCUUCAUUUCUGAAGCCCCUGAACCUGGAUCAGCCCCCCAUGGAGAUGGAGAUGAGGCCUGGGAGAGGGCGGUGCCCCCCGCCCCCGUGGAGGUGCCCAGGGAUGAGUCGGACCUGCAGGAUGAUGUGGAGCCGAGCGAGCAGGAUGGCACGGAGGCCACGAAUACACUGGAGGAGGACAGCGGGAGUGGGUUCCCAGAGGACGAAGAGCCUUCUGAGUCCACCGCCCCUCCUGCCCUCAGACACAUGAGCACCCCCCUGAUGACCAGCGUGGACAAGAGCAAAGAGUUAGUGGUGUUCUUUAGCUUGAGGGUCACUAACAUGAUGUUUUCUGAUGACCUGUUCAACAAGAGCUCCCCUGAAUACAGAUCAUUGGAGAAUACGUUUCUCGAGCUGACACAAUUCUCUGAGCACAGAGACUCGCCAAAUCCUGGAGCUUCCAGUAAGUCUAGGACUAAGACUCAGAGGACGUUAGCUUCGAUACCGCUACUUCCAUACCUGCAGUCAAACUUAACAGGAUUUAAGCAAUUGGAAAUCCUCAAUUUCAGGAAUGGAAGUGUUGUGGUGAAUAGCAAGAUGAAACUAGACAAGGCGGUUCCAUACAAUGUUACACAAGCCGUGCACUGUGUGCUUGAAGACUUCUGCAGUGCUGCAUCUAAACGCCUGGACAUUGAGAUUGACAGCCGCUCCCUGGAUAUAGAACCUGCUGACCAAGGAGAUCCCUGUAAGUUCUUAGCAUGUAACGAGUUCUCACGGUGCGUGGUAAACAGCUGGACAAUGGAGGCGGAGUGUCUGUGUGACCCAGGCUACAGUACCGUGGACGGCCUACCCUGCCAGAGCACCUGUGAGAUGGAGCCUGCACACUGCUUGAAUGGAGGCCUGUGUGAGAUCAUUCAGGGCCACGGAGCCACCUGCAGAUGCCCCAUGGGUAAAUACUGGCACUAUCAUGGCGAGCGCUGCAACGAGCUCGUGUCCAUGCCGCUAGACCCUUACCUCAUCGUAGCCUGUCUUGUGGGAAGCCUCACCCUCGUUUGUGCCAUCAUAGGCAUCUUGAUAUUCAUUAACAAGAAAUGCAUACAGACCCGAAAGACCGUGACUUUGGUGCACACUCUUGCUCCAUAUGCCUUUGAGAACACAUUGAGAGUGAACCCUGUGUUUGAGAAUGACGAUGGUGUCUUGACUCAAGUAUCCACCUUAGAGUGUGCAUCCAGUUCCUCCCAGCCAUCAGAUCAAAGCAGUUUUCCCUCAAUUGAAAAUUUACAUCUCAGUAUUGAGAUGCCCAGACAGCUCUACACAACAAGACCAGACAAGUUAGUCUCAGAGAUGGUAGACUUACAUCACUGUAUACCACAUAAUGAGACGUGGCUCCCACCAAAUGAAUACCGAACUCGACGCUUGUUGAGAGCUUCAGACAAUGAAUGCUUUGAAGUAACAGUCCUUUGAUUGCACCUUCCUUGCCCUUCCACACAGUGUCUUAGAGAGGCUGGGCAUUGUAGAUCUUAAACUUGAGUUGUUUUGGGGAUAUUUGUCAUCACUUGAACUUCGUUUCAUGGCAGUGGAGUCAUCAUUACCCGUGAUCAUGCAAGUUACAAGUCUCCACACGACUGGGUGUAUUUUACAGGCAGAUGGCUAGAAAUGGAUAUUAUUGUAUAUUUUGGACUAGGAAAUUGUAAAAAUACCAGUUUACCAUGUGAAAAUACCAAUGUAUGCUGGACUAAGAUGUUUUAAAAUACCCAUGUAUUUAUACUGUAUAUCUAUGGUUAGGAUCACGUACUGUACACCCUUGGCAGAGGUUAUUGUUCUUCCUCACAAUGAGGUAUUUAUUUACAAAAUGAUACACAUCGUGGUAUCUGGAUCUUAGACGACUGAACAUUAUGCUGUUUUAAUGUUAAUGUUAUUCUAACCUGUGUUCAGUGUCCCAAAAAGAGAAUGAAUGUAAAAAGCACAAGCUGUUUAUUUUAAUCAUACUAUUGUGUAUAGCAAGAUUCCAGUAAUUGAUUGUAACAUCUAAUGUAUAGUUAAAACAAACAUUACUCUAACAAAAUUACAGCAAAGAAGUCAGUCCUAACUUAUACAACAAUUUACACCAAUCACUUGUCUUUUGAGUGAUUUUCCUAACCAAAACACACUUGGAGG